AUGGGUGCCAAAUUCGCACCUUCCUAUGCGAAUUUAUUCCUAGGUUGGUGGGAGGAUUUACACAUUUAUAAUGAUAUCAAUCCAUUUUCUGUUCACAUUCAAUAUUAUGGACGCUAUAUUGACGAUAUCAUUAUGAUCUGUAUAUUUCAUUCAUAUUGCCCACAAUAUAAACUUUUAUUGUGUUUUUUUAUUGUAGAAUCCAAUACGGCAUCACCUACUUUAGAUGAUAAAGAUGAUGAGGAUUAUUUUAACAAUAAUGAUUAUGCAGCUGAUAAUAAGGAUGAUGAUAAGGCCAAGAAAGAUGAAGGCACAGAAUCCAGCAAGGCAUCAUAUACUGAGAAUAAAGAGGAUGAUGAUGAUUACUUUAAUCGAGAUGAUUAUCAGGCUAAAGAUAAAGAUGAAGAUGACAAUGAAAAGGAAAGAACCAAUAUAGAUGAAGAUACCGGUGAUGAAUCCCGGUUUUUCUUCGGAAAGAAAAAAGUCCGUACAGAAGAAGUUUUGAUCAACGCUACAUUCGCAAAAAUAGCGCGGAGUGAACGGGAGCAUUUUGUUAUUGUAAUGGUAUCCGCAAUGGGAUGCGUACUCAUUUUCCUGAGCUUACUGACCUGUGUCGCAUUUUGUAAAAUAUAUUUGAAAAAACUGAAGAAUGAUGUCAUAGCGGCAGAGGAAGGGCGUGCAAAUGCCCUCACACAGGAACUACUGCAAAAUAAUGAAGACCCUAAGAAGGAAGAUAAACGGCAAAUGAUCAGGAUUUUUGGAAAACUGCCUGCUGCUCUGAAAACUUUUGGACAAUUGCAAAAGCCUUUGGAUACAAAUAACUAAUUUAAGAGAAAAGAAGAAUACUCGGGCAACAAUUGCUCUAAGAAGCCCAUUUAAAACUAGGUGCCCAGACUGACGCAAAAAUGGGUGGGAUUUGGGUGGAUUGAUGCAAAGUCUGGGCAGACAGUGGCCAUAAGCAGCUUUAUUAGUCCAUAUGGCACCCCUGGCUAUUGGGCAUGGAACAAAGCUCUGUACAAUGGAAAUAAGAAAUAAAAGCUUCCAUGUACUUCAACAACACUUCUGGUUUUAAUAAUCAGAUUUUAUUUUCAAAUACUGACACUGGCUAACACGGUACUACAGUUUUUGUUUUGUGAUUU